CGUGAAGCUGGGAAAAGAGAAGAAAUAAAAAAAAGCAGGGAGAAAAAAACGAAAAGCUGUGGAGAGUCGGCGCUCCUGUCUUGCCGACCAAAGAUCAUAAUAACAUCAUCUUCUUUCUUUUCUCUCUCUCUCUCUCUCUCUCUUUCUCUUGAUUCUUUACUUCUUCUUCUUCUUCUUCUUCUUCCUCUCUCUCUCUCUCUCCCUCUCUCUCUCUCUCUUCUGUGUGUUUUUUAACGGAAGAAGACGAAGGGGGUCUCAUAUUACGAUCUAGGGUUUCUCCGUUGGCGAUUUCAUUUUCUGUUUUUUUGGGGAUCUUGAAUUCGUGGAGAAAUGAAAGGGAUGGUAGAGCAACAGCAGCAGAAGGUUGUGGUGGAGAGGGCGGAAGAAGGAGAUAAGGAGAAGAAGAAGAAGCGUCGCUCUCAUCGGCGGUCCAAGCAGACCCCUCCCGUUUCAGGUUGUAGUUCGGUCGAUGGAAUAUGUGGGCAUGCACCAGCAUGGUUGGGAAAUGGUAGCAGUUUGCAGUCUGUGAUGCUUCCUGCAGAAUCUUCUACUUCAAAGAAAAAUGAGGCAGAGGUGAAUGCAUCAGAUGAACAGGGCCCGGGUAGAGCAUCUAAUGUUCUUUUCACGUCUCUGCCAACUAUGCAUAUUACUGGUUGCUUAGCAUCAGCAGAACCGAGUAAUAUGCGGGAUUGGCAUCCUUCUCCAUCCGACAUGGAACGCGAUUUUUUAGCAGUGAGUUCCAAAUCAUGUCCGGGCCCGAUCUCUUAUGAAAAGAUGAGCUAUAACCCUCCAGAUAAGGGAUUCCUUUCUUGUCAUAAGCAUGAAGAGUAUCUUGACACAUUGCAGAAAAAGUAUUUUGUUCCUCACUGGUCAGUUGAGGCUGUUAACGAGGCAAUAGAGAAAGGUGAUGUUUUUAGAGCAUUAUUUCGUGUCAAUGCUCACAACCGUCUCGAGGCAUAUUGUGCUAUUGAUGGGGUGCCCACCGAUAUUCUUAUCAGUGGAGUUUCUGCUCAGAAUAGAGCAAUAGAAGGAGACAUUGUGGCAGUUAUGUUGGAUCCUGUGGCCUACUGGACCAGACUAAAAGGAUCAGCUGGCCGUUCUCCCAGUUCUGUACCAAUUGAUGAUUCUAAUGUGCUCCCUGAAGUCAUGGAUGCGGUUGGUGAUGAUUGCAAAGAAAAUGGCAAAAUGGGUGCUGACUGUGAGUACCCUGUCUGCAGUGACGGCUUGCUCCCUUUGGAUGGGGGUUAUAAUCAUCAUGAGAAAAACUUCUUCACUGAAGCUGUCCAUUCCGUUACGGAAACUGGACCUAAGAAUUCUAGUUAUGGGCCUUAUGGCUCUAAUGGACAUCUAUCCUUUGUUUCAAAUCCUCCAAAUGGAGGAUAUGCAUCCGAGCGGGGCGAAGCUGUGAGCGCAUUGGGGAAAUUAUGCACCCUCGUAAGUUCAUUCCCAUCAAAACGGCCAACUGGCAGGGUUUUGGCUGUUAUUGAAAGGUCACCUAGGCGUGAUGCUGUCAUUGGUUUUCUUGGUGUUAAGCAAUGGCUUGCUUACAAGGAAGGGUAUAAAAAAGAUCCUAGAGGACAGUGGCCUAAAAACCCCAAGAAUCCCAUUUUAUUUUCUGCUAGGGAAUACAUCCAGUUGGCACCCACUGAUCCAAGAUUUCCAAAAAUGAUGGUCUCUGUGAGAAGCUUGCCAGAGUUUAUUCAGGAAAGGUUGAAGAAGGGAGAUGCAACGGUUGAAAUGGAAUUAGUAGCAGCACAGAUCCAUGAUUGGAAGGAAGAAAGUUUUCUUCCACAAGCCCGUGUCAUUCAUAUUUUUGGAAAGGGUGGAGAAAUUGAACCCCAGAUAGCUGCAAUUUUAUUUGAGAAUGCAAUUUACAGUGCUAAUUUUUCUCCUGAAUCACUUGCCUGUCUUCCAAAUGUUCCAUGGCAAAUACCCGAGGAGGAGUUGGCAAGGCGAAAAGAUCUCAGAAAUCUUUGUACAUUGUCCAUUGACCCUUCUACUGCCACUGAUAUUGAUGACGCUUUAUCUGUUGAGAGAGUAUCUGAUGAUAUUUUCAGAGUUGGUGUCCACAUUGCGGAUGCAUCAUAUUUUCUUCUGCCAGACUCAGCUUUAGAUGUAGAAGCUCAAUUCAGAUGUACGAGUGUUUAUCUCUUACGGCAUAAAAUACCCAUGUUGCCAUCCCUGCUUUCAGAGAACUUGGGCUCGCUUAUUCCUGGGGUAGAUAGGCUUGCCUUCUCUAUUAUCUGGGAUAUCAACCUUGCUGGGGACAUAAUUGAUCACUGGAUUGGCCAUACCGUGAUCCGUUCAUGUUGCAGGCUGUCAUACGAGCAUGCCCAGGGCAUUAUUGAGGGAGUGGAUGUUGAGAAGCUGACUACUGCUGGACAUGGGUGUCCUGAGUUGCAUGGACAGUUUGAAUGGUUUGAUGUCAUUAAGUCUGUUAAACUCCUUCAUCAAAUUUCUAAGAUGUUGAAGGAAAAUAGAUUCAAAGAUGGGGCCCUUUGGUUGGAUAACUCGAAGCUUGUUUUUUUGUUUGAUGAGUCUGGAAUGCCAUAUGAGAGCAUUCUCUGCGAGAGGAAGGAUUCAAAUUUUCUUGUUGAGGAAUUUAUGCUUUUGGCAAAUACGACAGUAGCAGAAGUUAUAUCUAGAGCUUUUCCAGAUUCUGCCUUAUUGCGCAGGCAUCCAGAACCUAAUCUACGGAAGCUUAAAGAUUUCGAAGCAUUUUGCAGCAAACAUGGUUUUGAAUUAGACACUUCUUCUUCUGGCCAGCUUCACCUUUCAUUGCAGAAGAUAAGGGAAAAGCUCAAGAGUGAUCCUGUAUUGUUUGAUAUUCUUAUUUCAUAUGCUUCGAGGCCCAUGCAAUUAGCUGCAUACUUCUGCACUGGUGAUCUUAGUGACAGGGAGACUGAAUGGGGGCAUUAUUCAUUGGCAGUUCCUUUCUACACUCAUUUCACUUCACCAUUACGUAGGUAUCCUGAUAUUGUUGUGCAUCGGACAUUGGCUGCAGUCAUCGAAGCUGAAAACGUGUAUUUGCAGCAAAAAAGGACACUGAAUGGAGCAAAUAGGGGGAGUGCAAUCCUUGCCCCUGGGUAUGAGAUCGCAGGCAGGUGUUUCACUGGUCUUCGCUUUGAUAAGGAUGCAUUGGAGUCCAAAGAAGGUAGGGAAGCGUUAUCUGCUGCUGCUGUAAUGCAUAAUGUUCCUGGUACUGCAGUACUUGCAGAAGUUGCUGCUCGCUGCAAUGUGCGGAAGCUGGCCAGCAAACACGCUGAGGAGGCUGGUGAUAAACUCUACCUAUGGGCACUGCUGAAGAAGAAAGAGAAACUGAUUUUGGAUGCUAGAGUUUUGGGACUGGGGCCCAAGUUCAUGUCCAUCUACAUUCAUAAGCUUGCAAUGGAGCGUCGGAUAUACUAUGAUGAAAUUGAAGGCCUGAUUGUUGAGUGGCUUGAGACAACAUCCACUUUGGUGCUGGAUUUGUGCACAAAUAAAAAGUUCCUGAAAAGAGGUAUCCUGGGAAAAUGCCGAGCACUUGAAGACGUUGCAUUGGUCAUUAACCCCUGUGACUUGAAUUCCGAGCAAGUUCUUCAAGAUAGUAUUCAUGACAUUGAAGAAACCCAAGUAGAGGGAGCUACUGAUGUAGAAGCAGCUGAGAACAAGCCUGCCAUUUUUGACAAAGACGAACCCUGUCCUGCUGUGUUUCCUCUAACGCUGCAUCUCCUGUCGUCCGUCCCUGUGUCCCUCCAUGCAGUUGGGGGGGAUGGCGGCCCGUUGGAUAUUGGGGCAAGACUGUACUUGAGCUCAUACCGUAGGUAAAAAAAUUCCAGCAAGAAAAGUGAGUCGUCAGAGUUAUGGCUGAAUCGUCCACUUGCAGAUGAUGCAGGGAGAAAAAGAAGAUAAAAGGUCAGAGAUGGGUAUCAUGUUUUGUAGAUAUUAUGUUCAUGUAUAGUUUAGAUUGAAGGUAAGGAAAGAUCUCCCAUGGUACACAGUAUGUGGUGGGAGGCAUGAUGGUAUAGAUAUAUAGCCAGGGUUUGGCCUGUAGCUGGGUGUCUAGUGGCUGUUUCUUUUACUAAGCUGUUGUGUUGGAGUUGGCCCAGGUUUUUUGAUAGGUCGAUUCCACUCUGUAUUAAAUCAGACAAAUCUGGAUUUGUGUUCGCCACUUUGUUGUUAAAGUGUUCGAGCCGAGCCCAUGCUGUAGCGGUAGAGCGUCUCUUGAACUGAAGCCUAAGCAUUUUUUUUAACCUUGCGGGCUGGUCUGAUGUUUCUACUUAGGUAUGUCUUUUGAAUCAUUGGAAUAAUUAUUUCCUUUGACUCUAUGAAUUUUAUGAUGUAACAUUUUCAAGUUUAAAUAACAUGGAUUUGGGUUUCGAUUCUCA